GCGCUGCUGCUGUCGCUGCUGCACUGGCGGGGCCGCCGGCGGAGCUCAGCGUCCCGCUCGCUGGUGCAAUAGGACCGCUCAGCGCGGCUAGCAGAGGAGCCGGCGGAGAACCCGGGGGUGCAAGUUACCAGGCUUUCCGCAGCUGGAGUCUGUCCCUGGCUGGCUGGGCACUGGCCCGUCCCCCGGCUGCUGAAGGACUGAACGCACCUCGCUGCCACCCCAAACAGAUGUGAGCGAGCCUGGAGAACUGAACCCCAGCUCGCAAUCAACAGUGUCCUCCUCUCCCCCGCAGAACCAGAGAGGGUGAAAUAUGUGGCAGCCGGCAACCGAGAGACUGCAGCAUUUUCAGACCAUGUUGAAGACCAAGCUGAAUGUCCUAACUCUUCGGAAAGAGCCUCUUCCUACAGUGAUCUUCCAUGAGCCAGAAGCCAUUGAGCUGUGCACCACAACUCCAUUAAUGAAGACCCGGGCCCACACUGGAUGCAAGGUUACAUAUUUGGGUAAGGUGUCCACAACAGGGAUGCAAUUUUUAUCAGGGUGCACAGAAAAACCUGUCAUUGAAUUAUGGAAGAAGCACACACUAGCCAGGGAGGACGUCUUCCCAGCCAAUGCCCUUCUGGAAAUCCGCCCCUUCCAAGUAUGGCUUCAUCACCUGGACCUCAAAGGCGAAGCCACAGUCCACAUGGAUACCUUUCAGGUGGCACGUAUUGCCUACUGCACUGCCGACCACAAUGUCAGCCCAAACAUCUUUGCUUGGGUUUACAGGGAGAUCAAUGAUGACUUGUCCUAUCAGAUGGACUGCCAUGCUGUAGAGUGUGAGAGCAAGCUGGAGGCCAAGAAGCUGGCUCAUGCCAUGAUGGAGGCCUUUAAGAAGACUUUCCACAGCAUGAAGAGUGAUGGCCGGAUCCACAGGAAUAGCUCAUCUGAGGAAGUGUCUCACGAAUUCGAAUCUGAUGAUGGCUGACUCAACUCAUUGAUGGUACAGCAAGGGCAGAAAUUGCCUAGGGAAUAGGAGUUGAUAGAUGAAUAAGCAACAACUGAUAUCUGGAAUUAAAAGACGGCCAAACACUUGGCUGACCAGCUUUUUAAAUCAAAAGAGCAAAUCAGUACCUAAAGAUAUGCAUCAUUAAAGUAAUUAUGUUACAUUGAAAUCUGCUGCUGUUGUAAAUGUGAGAAAAAGCUUCCCCCCCUGCCCCAUUUCACCCCCCAACCCAUGCACCAUCAACUCUUUAUAGCCUGGUGUAGUUCAGGUGUACAAUCUGAAGUUGAUUCAGUCCAGUUUGCCUUAUGAAAUCCAUCAAGCAAUUUUAAUAGUAGAUUAUCUGGGAUUCAUAGCUGGGAUCUGAUGCUGCUAUGCAGCAGCAAGUGGAAAAGGGAGCCCCUUGGUUCAGAAAAAUGAAUCCCUUUCAAUGUCAUAUUGCAAAAUCCUUUGACCUUACCUAGGCUGAAACAGCCAUUCAUAAGCUUUUUGACAAAUGGCCUGACAUUCUGCAGUUUAUUCACAUUUCACAGAUUUUUAAAAAGAUGCUUAUAUUUACACAUUAUAUCAUAUGCUAUUCUUUAUUUUAUUCAUUUUGUCUAUUUUCUUAAUGUACCUGCAGCCACUCGUCUCCCACCAAGCACCAUUAAUUACAAUUUCCAGGAUACCAAAAAGGGAAAAAAAAAUCCAUGAUGGCUGGUAAUACAGUGAACCAGCUCCAUUAUUUCUUCUGAGAGUUGAGUGACAUGUUGCUAAGACCCGUGGUGUUUCACCAGUUGAACUGGGACUUAUGAUCCACCUCAGGUCUGAAGUGAUAUGAACAUGGUAGCCUUAACUCCACAGUAGUCUCCAUUCACCAACCUAGUACAUAUAAUUUCAUGUAGCUGGUACUCCUGGGUCACAAAGGCCAGGGGUGUGUUACCAUAAAUAGCAAAGUGUCUCUGACCAUUAAAGGCACUAUUCCUUUUAGAGUCAGGUUUGAAAUGAUUGGUUUGUACUGAAAUGAUUGAGAAGUUCACAUUAAGAUAUCCUGCACUUUUCCUGGUCCAUGGACAAAAAGGUUCAUAACUUUUGUAAAGGCAGAAAAAAAAUCAAAUAAAAACAAAGCCUUUGGUUCCCUAAAUGUUUUUAAGGCCAAGAGCAGAUGAAUAGUUUGCAGGUAAUGCUGCUCCUUGUUCGUAAUCAUGGUAAUGGUAGGGGCACUAGGGCACCUUACAGAAGCCUUAAAAGAAGCUACGUGUCUGUGUUUUGUGUGUGUAUAUAUACAUUGUGUGAGAGAGCAUAUGUAUGCCUGUGUUAAAGCAUGUAGACUGAGCAUGGAGACAUGUGGAGGGGGACCCAUGGCUCUUGAAAAUAUGCUUGUUGCUUUCCAAUGUAUGUAAACUAUUCUCCAGCAUAAAUACAUUCAUACUUUAAUAAAAAAUAUGUUUGAGUUAAAGCUAUGAUAGUUUUAGGCUCUGUUUCCAAUGCAAACUCUCUGUUUUUAUUUAAAGUACCUUGGGUUCUGUGUUCCACUGAUGAUAGAUGUUUUACAAACACCAAUUAAAGGGAUUAAAAAUUGUUAUAGGCUUAUUUAUAUAUACACCCCUCCCAAACAGUUAAUAGGAUUAAAAUAUUAAUAUAUUUAGAUUUAAAACAUUACUUUAGUUUCCAAAAGGGAUAAUGGAAAUGUUUAUGAUUUCCUAAGAUCAGUUUUUAACUUUUAUUUCAAGGUGUGUAGACACCAGUUCAUACUUCCUGCUUUCCAGUAGGUGGCAGAGAUUUUUCUCCAGACAAUGAGUUUAAUUUAAGAGCCCUAUUGACCAGAAACAAUAUCUUGCCUCCACUAGUUCAGGUCUGGCAUCAGCAUCCAGUAUGAAGAAUAAACAAGCUCAGCAAGUUCCUAGGCUACUUUGGUACUGAAUCUUUGAGUGCCUGCUGCUGAGAAAUGAUCAAGAGUACAGAACUCUGAGUCUGGAGGGCCUACAUGUGAUUCUCAAAGUUGAGAUUUCCUUCUCCUCACUAUGGCUAGUAAUAAGUUGAGUUAAUCUACAGCCUUUAUCUUUGCUUAAAAAAAAUAAAUCUGAACUCUGAUAGGCAGGUAUGUCUCUUUAUGGUCAAAGUCAACAUUUCUUCAACGUUGGUCAAAUUCUGCUCGCUUCCUCAGAGUUGUAGCCUGCAAUUUGCUAUUUUUGGACAUUUGGCAGCCAAAAUUCCUGUCAUUCUACUUCUCAGAUCUGUCUCUGGUCCUUUUCAUAGUAACUCCAGGUGUCUCUUUGACAAGAUUCAAUGGAUUCCUCCUGAUUUCACCAUUACUGAUUAUAUACAGUAUCUUACAUGUGUGUUGGCAGGAGACAGGUCCAAAAAGCCAGAGCUUGCAAUUUUAUAAGGCUAUUUAAAGAAAUGCAUCUCAAUUAAGCAUUACAGCAUCUUGAUUAAGCACUAAAAAAGUUGCCAAGUCGUGGAGCCAGAUUUUUACUAAAUGGAGCCCUGAUGAAUGUGUGAUGGAUUUUUGCCCUUUAUAUCUUGCAUCAUUCUUAUAAUGUAUUGGAAGAAGGUUGCCAAAGCUAAAAACAAAACUAUAAAUAAUAACUGAUAUAAUUAAAUAGUUGUAUACCCAGAAAAUAGGACUAGAGAACAUUGCUGGGGGCUCUGCUGUACCAUAUAAUAUCGAGUUUCUGAAUUUUCUGGCACUCAUUUAUUUGUGUCAAAGUUUAACAUCAAUUGUUGUAUUUAAUAGAUUGUUAUGGUCCUAAAGGUUCUCAUUGGGCCAUAUGGCAAUAAAAGUUUUACAUGCAAAUAAAGGGCAGUAAAUAAUCCUUAGUAUUUAUUUAUCAAUCAGUGGUAUGUGCCCUGACUAUUAUUACUGAGGUGUGCACUACGAUCAUUUGUAUUGUAUUGUAAAAGAUUCCCAAAUUACCCGUAUAAUAGUGAUUUCAAAAGGAAGAUAAAGAAACCAAUGGCCCUGGUCCCAUUAUAGAUACAACAUAUACCUUUUAAUAAACAUAACAGAAUGGGAUAGAAUUGGAGACAAAAAUAGUUACUGUUAUAUUUAUAUUCACAUUCUUACAGCAUAUUGAAAACCGUUGAACACAUUCCCUUUCCCCAGAUCACCAAGAACUUCUAGGUCAGAGGUUCUCAAACUGGGAGUCGGGACCCCUCGGGGUUGUGAGGUUAUUAUGUGGGGGGCCACAAGCUGUCAGCGUCCACGCCAAAUCCCGCUUUGCCUCCAGCAUUUAUAUUAAAAGAUGUUUUUAAUUUAUAAGAGGGGGCGCACUCAGAGGCUUGCUAUGUGAAAGGGGUCACCAGUACAAAAGUUUGAGAAUCACUAUCUAGGUCUAAGUUACACCAAGGAUAAGUUAAAAGGCAGAUUCUAAACCUCUGCAAACAGUGCUGACUCCACUUUCACUAAAGCAAUGCAAACAGUGCACUGGACUCCAAUAACUAGACAGCUACUCAGAGAUUUAUUCCAAUAUAGCUUUAUUCCUUAUUGCCCCUUAAUGUACUACAGUCAAGUCUCAAUGCUCCGUCUCCCUCCCUAACUUCAACACAUUUAAUUGCCCAUGAAAGAGGAGAUGCAUGUCUUUCUGGCUAUUCUGGCUGGUUGCAGGUGUCAGAGCCUCCAUGACCAGGAAUGCCAGCAAACUCAUUAUAAUGCCACAUAGUUUAUUUUAAUGGGAGUAGGAGUAGGAGAUCAUUUAAAUCAGUCUAUCUGAUCUGAAAAUUUUGUGUGAAGAAGCUUCACAGCUUUAUAUUUUCACUUGCUUUAGUAAAUAGUAACUUAAUGAAACAGAGGAUGAUUUCACAUUUUGAUGAUACCAGUACAGUCCUGCAUUCAAUGAUGGGAAGAUGGAAAAACAUGUUUUGUGAUACAGAUUGCCAUCUCCUGGCCCCUGGAGUCCCUCCCGCAACACACAACGUCAGACAAUGAUAAAUAACUCUGACUUGCUAUAAGAUCCAAAGCCAUUACCUUCUGGCUUUAUUUGUUUAGUGCAUUGUUCUACAGUUGUACCUUAUGACUAGGGAUCGUAGACAUCAACUAGUCUGGAAUAAUUUUGUCUGGGUUUGGAGAUAUUUUUAGGUUACAUUUUGAAAUAAAAAACUGUUAUUUAAAGCAUUCAAAGCCUUCAAUUCAAGCAAGCAAACAAAAUUGGCUGAUUUUAUGUUUUUAUUGAUUGUAUGUUUGUAUCCCAAUUUUGACUCUGCUCCUGGUCUUUCUCAUGUUGCCUUCAAUGGAGUUUCUACUGACUUAAACUAGUGCAUGUGAGAGGAGAUUCCCAUCCUUUCUUCUUGAUGGCCCUGACUGAGGCUCAGUCCAGCAAAGCACUUAAGCACAUACUUUACUUUAGCUACAUGAAUGGUCACAUUGCUUAAAUGAAACUAAUCAUGUGCUUAAGACUCAGUGCCCCAGAAAUCGAUGGAUCAUGAGCUAAAUAGAGUAUGUUACUGCUAUGCUAUGCUUGUCAUACCACAUGCUCAGACUCAAGGUAGGUCCACACAACAGCGGGUAGGCUGACACACACUAGCUCAGCUUGAAUUAGCAUGCUAUAAAUAGCAGUAGGGUUGUGGCACAGGUAGCGGCUCAGGCUAACUGCUUGAGUACAAGCCUGACCAACCCUCUGGGUACAUACAUAAAGGGGCUAACCUGAACUGCUGUGGCCUCACAGCUCUUUUUAUUGCACUAGCACAAGCAGAGCUAAUGUGUCUGUGAAUCUGUGCUGGGAAGUACACUUCAGCUCCCGUGUAGGCAUAUCCAUAGCGGGGAGGGGGAUUGUUUUAGAUACAUGGUUUUAAUGAAGUUACAAUGAUUUAUACCAGCUGAGAACCUUACAUAUAAUAUGUCACCAAGUCUUGUGAUUUAGUGUAGCUCUCACAAUAGUUGGUGUUUUUAUUAAACUCCAGCUCUCAGAGGCAUGAGAUUAUGAGAGAACCAGGUCUUGUCUUUAAAAAAAGUAAGUUUUCAGGCGUCAUGGUUGUGGAGGAAACCUUAGAAAUGUGGCCCAAGUGUAUGCUAAAGACUCAAAAACUAGAUAGCAAGUAAAUAAAUCAUCACAUUUAUUAUUUUUUAAAAUCUUCUGAUUUUUGGGGGGAGCCUGGCUCAUGAUUUUUGAACAUUUGGGAUAAACUAUACUGUAUAUGAGUAUGGAUAUAAAUACUCUCUAGUAUAAAAAAGCUGUGUGAGAUUGAAGAAAAGUUCACUGAAACAGAUUUUUUACAAGUCCUGCUUAUAAUCUAGAAACAGUUGCUGAUAUGUGAGAUCUAACUAAAUUGAUUAAGUAUUUGUGAAACGGGCUGGGCUUUUAUUUGUUUUUUAAUUUUGUAGUAAAAGAAUGUAAAUUUUGUAAAACCAGCAAGUUAACAAAUAUAUUUUUAUUAAGAUCUUAAAGACACAGAUAUUGUGAAGGUAAAGUUCUAAAGUGUAUCAUAAUUUGUCCUUUCCAGAUUUUUGCUACAUUACAUUUCUUAGCUAUGCUAAGGCAAGACCAGAAAUUAGUUUCUCAGCCACCUGUCAGAAUGUUUAAAUAUAGGGCCAAGUUGUUAAGCAAAACAAAUGUUCCCACUCAAGUAAAAGAAGGAAGAUUUGGCCGAUCUGUUAAGAAUAUUAUUUUCAUACCAUAGGGUAAAAAUCAACAACAUAUACAUAUGAAACAUCACCGUUAGGUUUCACUUUCAACUAGUUUGGCAUGGAACUCACUGUAAUAAAAUAUGUAACAAAGAUGGUUUCUAAUUGACUGGAGACAUUUUUUUCUACCAGGAUGAAUACAGUUUGUGAGCCCACCAGUUUGGUCUGAUAUACGCUGAUAUAACUAAAGUUGAUGGCUGUGCAGAAUAGCCUUGAAAAAAAAACCAUAGCUACCACUAAUACUGUAGAUUUUCCUUUAGUUUCCUCAAUAAAAAGGAAAUGCGCUGUUUUCAUAGUCAAAAACCAGAUGAUGUUUAUAGCAAUGAGGCGUCCUCCCAGCCAUCCCACUGCUGCUGAUUCUCAGGAAUAUUUUGCUGCUAUGUCAGCAAAGGGGUUGCAUUAAGGUAUUUUGUCCUAAAAUUGUUUGUAAGAUGGGUCAAAAAUUAUAAGUGGGACAUCAAGGAGAGCAGCAUUUUGAUCAUUAAAACCUGAACUUCAGCAUGAAACAGGGACAGUCUUUAACCACAAGUAUUUUCAUUGGUGCAUUUUAUGACAGUAAGGAAGGAGAAUAUGCAUGAUUAUGCCUAGAACUGAAGGAUCUCAGAAAACUAAUUCUAAUGGAGGAAAAUAUCUGAUUUCUGCUCAUACUGUAUGUUUUCCAUGGCUCUGAGAGCAAUUGAGGUAAAGUCAGUUUUAUUGCACACAGGUUUUUUUGGGGUGGUGUGUGUGGGGGUGGAGAUUUAAUUUGUUUCCUGUUUUUUAAAAAAAUCUGAAACAUAAAAUUAAUAUGCUUUUCCCUAAAACUCUAUCAGUGAAUAACUUCAUUUCACAUGAGAAAACAAUUGUACAUGUCUAAUGGAUUACAUUUAACAUUCCUAAAAUACACCAAUAAAAGACUUGUGACUGGGGGUGGAGGGUUUGAAAUAAAGAGGAAACCUCAGAUCAGUCGAUCAGAUUAUUUUACAGUUAUCACAUUCUUGUGAGUUCUGGGUCUCCAGUACUGUUUUGUUCACAGUACAUUCUCUCUAAAAUUUAAGGAUCUGUCAAUAGCCAGAUAUUCUUUUGUGCAACUGCCACGUUUUGAAACGAAAUGUUUGUUAAUAGUUUAAUAACUGUUUUGUGGGGAAAUUGUGAGUGUAUAUAUAUAUAAAGGAAUCCUAUGUGCUGGAAUUCAGAUAAAUUGUGCAUCUGAUAACAUUAAUAAACUUGUAAAAAAGUUUUUUCCAUAAAGGGAAGCAAACUAAUUUGUCUAUUAAAAAUGUUACUUUUCAAAUGUUACAUGCAUUAUUGACAAACAUAAAUACAGACUAUUUACCAA